UGAUAAGAACCAGGCUGAUAUCAUCCAGCCACCGCCCCUAAACUCGUAUUCUAUCCUUCUGCCUACUAAAAAUUUUCCUGUCGUCCAUCUGGGAAGGAGGGUGAAUUUUCAAGAUACCAAAACUGUACAUACCAUGAAUGCAUGUGCACCUGACUGGUGUUGGUGCUCUAUAUCGGAUUAUGCCUAUUGAAAAGCACAUGGUGCAUAAAGCACCAAGUGUUGUUAUCUCAUCGUGAGUUUCUUCCCCGAAAAGCAUCAUAGAGCUCCAAACAUAGCGCGGAGUCAGACCACGAUGUCCAGGGUCUGUCUCAUACCCUGUUGGUGGAAUGUGUUCCAACCAUCCAUGAAAGGUAGCAUACGAUUUCCGAGCAAGGCUGUGCCGCAUGUCUUUCAGUCAGUCCCAAAUACCAUUUACCCAUAGGUCCACUCCCGUUAAGCCUAUCAUUCCCUGGAAAACGUUUCCUCGCAUUCUUCUCUGAUUUCUUUUCGCUGCCUGACUUCAUACUCUCUUUUCUCAUCUAACUCUUAUGAUAUCUCAAUACAACAACUAGCGUCGUUCGUUUCCUCCAAACUUUGACGGUUACGUUUUUUUUUUUUUUUUUUUUUUUUUUUUUUUGCUUUUGCCUCGAAAUGGCGGCCAUUGAACACAAUGCUCAGAGUGUUCAAGGGCAUCUUCCCGCAAUGCUGAAGUCCCGGCGCAUGCGCACGGUAUUUCUCAUGAUGUUCUUAUUCUGUGUCGUCAUGUAUACACUGUCGUUACUCGCGAUUGAUAUUCACGACUACUCUUCGCCACAGCAUGUCUACGAGAAACUGAAGAACGGUACGUUCUAUCACAGUGGUGACAACUACCAAGAGCAUCAUGGGAUCGACCACAUCACGUUGCCAAAGCCUGUGUCGAGUGCGUCACCAGAUGAUUAUCUGCGCACGCACAACGGAAAGGUUAAACUGCCUGGAAUGUUGCAGAGUGAAUCUUCACAACAGCAAACACCUGUCUACCUUCAAACAGAGGCAGUAGGUGCGACCUCGGAUCAGAUGAAACCUACUUCCGCACCAGUCAGUAGGACAACGCAACUAUCGGACCCAUCAUCCAUCACCUCGUCUGCCAAUCUUGACAGCACAUCAACAGUGCCGAAUCCACUGCCUACAUAUACUGAUCAUGUCAAUAACGAUACCGAAAUCGACUGGUCGUCCUUCGCUUAUGUACAAUACGUUACAAAUCCAACCUACCUCUGCAACUCCCUGAUGAUUCUCGAGUCGUUAUAUCGCUUGGGCACCCAAGCCGACCUCGUCAUGCUUUAUCCCAGACAGUGGAAAGUGCCUGCCUUGCGAGAAGACGCCGAAACUCCGGAAAGUUCUCAGCUCGCGAAAGCCAGGGAUGAGUACGGUGCGAAACUUGUUCCCAUCGAGGUGCAAAGCUAUGAUAGGGGGGAUAUAACUUGGACAGACAGUUUUACCAAGCUUCUGUUGUUCAACCAGACGCAAUACAAGAGGGUCAUUCAUCUAGACUCGGAUGGAACAGUGAAAAAGCCUAUGGACGAACUGUUUCACCUGCCUUCCGCCGCAUGCGCGAUGCCGCGCGGCUACUGGCUUGACCCCAUCCAACUUGCCAGUAUCAUCAUCGUCGCCGAACCAUCUGCUGAAGAGUUUGCCCGCAUUCAAGAUUACAUCAAUACGCAUGAAGAUUCUGGUUUUGACAUGGACAUUAUGGAUUCCAUCUACCACGACUCCGCCUUGAUCUUUCCACAUCGCAAUUACCUUCUACUCACUGGCGAAUUUCGUGGCGACCAGCAUGCGAAGUAUCUAGGCAACGAGUAUGAGGAGUGGAAUGCGACGAAGGCGGUUGAGGAGACCCGAUAUAUCCAUUGGAGUGAAUGGCCACUACCGAAACCGUGGAUUAGGCCGCACGAAGUGGACUUGAAGAAUAAACAGCCCAAGUGUCAUGAUACGGAUAAGGAGGGUGAAGACUGUCGAAAUAGGGAUGCAUAUCUCGCGUUGAGAGAGGAUUUCACGCGACGAAGGAAGGAAGUUUGCGGGCGAGAAUUUGAUCAUGAAGAUAGAGCCAAACGCUCCAUGGGGACAAAACGCUGA